UUCCCCCCUUGAGGCAUUGGGAUCACACUGAUGCUGCCCAAUAUGCCUCCGAAUGCGGUCGUCCGUGGGACAAAUGUGGCGGCUGUGGCGACGCAGCAGCAGCAUGCGUAUCAACAACAACAGUCGUACGAGCAAGUGCAGUACGAACAGCAUGCUCAACAGCAGCAGUACCAUUACGACCAGCAACAACAACAACAACAGCAAUUCGCCCACCUUCAGGCGGCCUAUGACCACGCCGCCGCUGCUGCUGCUGCAGCCGCUGUCGCAGCAUCCACCAACCAAGAUCAGGCACCUUCUUCGUCCUUCGAAGACCACACGCCACCGUCUCCUCCGUCGCAGUCGUUCGAGAAUGCCUACGGUGCACCAAACUUGGACGCAUUUUCACUCGGUGGCACCGUCCACCACGACCCAAAGCCGCCGGCGAAGCGCAAGGGCGCCUUUCGUCAAGAACAUGCAAUCAAGUACGGACUAAAGGUCAUCGGGCCAACGACCGCGCCCGUCUCCAAGGUGCAAUGCAUGUUUUGCGUCCAUUACGGCCGCGAAGUGUCGGCCGACGACACAAAGCGAAAGAUGAACGUGAAGGGCAUCAAGUAUUGGACGCCGCCCUUCCGCACCGAUCACUAUGCGAUGCACCACGACCUCCAACACAAGGUGAUGUUCCAGCACUACGAGAACUCGUCGUCCCAAGAGCGAUUGCACUUUUUCGAGCCAGACACUGUGCAUCGAUUACGGCAUCUGGUUCCCAAGGUCGCGUCUUCCUCGUCCCUGGAUAACAUGGAUAAAUCCAAAGACAACAAACCGUCCACGAAACGCGGCAAGACGUCCCAGUCUCGAGUCGACCCGACCCCUACUAAACCAACGCUGGAUCCAUUCAAGAUGAUGCUGCCACCGACAGAAAUCCCCCAUGACAUGCAGACGCUAGUUGACAUCUACGUUGGCCAUCACUACACGCCGCUCGAAGAAAAGUGGAAAGCAUUGACGACCGUCGCGUCCCUCGUCGCCCAACAUGUCCGCAAUGGAUUCCUGGAAACCCACAUCCGCCGCGCGCUUCUCGCCGGCGCGUCCAAGUCCGAAGUCGUCCAAGUGAUCAUGCAAUCCGCUUCGUUCAUUGGACUCCCCAAGACUAUGGACGCGAUGAAGGUUGCACACGACGUGUUCUUGCAAGGCGCGGCCGACAGUCAGAAUCAAAACACAGUGUUCUUGUAACGAACGAUAUAUGUACCAUGUUGUGAGUUGUUCCACGGAGGUAUGCACAUGUCCAUCGACGAAGCGGCGCAUUUUCCGCGGCGAUCGUGCCGGAAGGGAGGGGGUUUCCUCGUACUCUGCCGCCCGGAAAUGUCUUCUCCUUGUGCUUUGGGGGGAAAGUUUGAAAAUGAUGACUUUCGA